GCGAGUGCGACGACACCGGCGCGACCGCAACAUACAACGACCCAGAAAAUAAUCAUAAAAAAGACUGUUAUCGUUGUAUAUUUACCGUGUUAAAUAUCUAAAAUCCACCUGCAACAAAUGUUUUCCACACCCUUUUAAAUGGGAUGUUUAGAGUCUGACUGAAGCAGCGGGAUUGUUUGGGAGGAAUCAGGAGAGCUCAUCCUGAGUCCCAGGAAUCUUUAUACCCUGUCAUAGUAGGAAGCUAGGAGUGGGACAAAUAAAUGGAACAGGAAGUCGCAACUAUCAGCCAGCAGGUUUGACAAAAGGGAGUAGAGAGGCCGAGGAGCAUCGUCUAUACCAUAAAGCGCUCCAGGAGCGAGUGGACAACAAGACCUUUAAAAGAGGAGGAAUACUAUCACAUACUCUGAGAAAAGGACAGAACAAUACAAAAAUGAAGUUGAAGGAGGACAUGUCCCCUCUCCUGCUGCAGGUCUUUCGAUCGGUGGUCUGGGUUUAUUCCGUCAUCACAUUCUUGCCCUGGUAUCUGCUCUCCGGGGCCAGCAAGAACAAGGCCCGUGCCAAACGGGUCAAGGCGCGCUCAGUGAGCAGGAGUUCUGCUGGGCCGUACCGGGCGGUGAACAGCCAGCAACGGUUGGCGUCCCUAUUGCACGCAGGUGUGGACACUUUGGAUAAAGUGUUUGAAUAUGCUGUAGUUCACUUCCCUAACAGAGACUGUCUCGGCACAAGAGAGCUGCUAAAUGAGGAGGAUGAAAUCCAGCCAAACGGCAAAGUCUUUAAGAAGGUGAUUUUGGGCGAUUAUAACUGGUUGUCGUACGAAGACACUUUCCAUCUUUCUCAGAGGUUUGGUAGUGGUCUGGCCGCACUGGGUCAGAAGCCCCUGUGUAACAUUGCCGUUUUCUGCGAGACACGUGCAGAAUGGAUCAUAGCGGCUCAGGCCUGCUUUAUGUACAACUUCCCAUUGGUGACUCUGUACUCUACAUUGGGAGGAGCAGCAAUUGCUCAUGGGCUGAAUGAGACUGAGGUCACUCACAUCAUAACAAGCAAAGACCUGCUACAGAGCCGCCUCAAGGCGAUUCUAAUGGAUGUCCCCAGACUGAAGCACAUUAUAGUGGUGGAUAAGAAGCCCCCCAGUUUGCCAGAUCUGCCUAGAGGCAUCAUGGUCCACAAUAUGGCAACUGUGCAAGAACUAGGGGCCAAACCUGAGAACAUUGCCGUGUCCCGCAGACAGCCUCUCCCGUCUGAUAUCGCAGUGAUUAUGUAUACCAGUGGGUCUACAGGCAUCCCUAAAGGAGUCAUGAUCUCCCAUAGCAACAUCAUCGCUGGCAUCACUGGCAUGGCUGAACGCAUCCCUAACCUAGAUGAGAAUGACACCUAUAUUGGUUACCUGCCUCUCGCUCAUGUCCUGGAGCUCAGCGCUGAACUGGUGUGUGUGUCACACGGCUGCCGGAUUGGAUACUCGUCACCUCAGACGCUUGCUGACCAGUCAUCCAAAAUUAAAAAGGGCAGCAAAGGAGACACUAGUGUCCUGAAACCAACACUGAUGGCAGCGGUACCAGAGAUUAUGGACCGUAUCUAUAAGAAUGUGAUGACUAAAGUUGAAGAGAUGAGCAGUGUUCAGAAAACUCUUUUUGUUCUGGCAUACAAUUACAAAAUGGAACAGAUCUCCAAAGGGUACAGUACACCGCUGUGUGACAGGUUGGUUUUUAAGAAGGUGCGCUCAUUGCUGGGCGGUAACAUGCGUGUGCUGCUCUCUGGUGGAGCUCCUCUGUCUGCUGCUACUCAGCGGUUUAUGAACAUCUGUUUCUGCUGUCCUGUGGGUCAGGGCUAUGGCCUCACCGAGACCUGCGGAGCUGGGACCAUUAGCGAUUUGUAUGACUACAGCACUGGGCGUGUCGGAGCUCCUCUGGUGUGUUCAGAGAUCACUCUAAAGGACUGGGAGGAAGGUGGUUAUCACAGCACAGAUAAACCGAACCCACGAGGAGAGAUUCUGAUUGGUGGGCCCAAUGUCGCCAUGGGUUACUAUAAGAACGAGCAGAAAAACCGGGAAGAUUUCUUUGUGGAUCAGAAUGGCCAGCGCUGGUUCUGCACUGGAGACAUCGGAGAGUUUCACCCCGACGGCUGCCUCAAGAUUAUCGACCGUAAGAAGGACUUGGUGAAGUUGCAAGCUGGUGAAUAUGUGUCUUUGGGGAAAGUGGAGGCCGUCCUGAAAAACUGCUCUCUCAUUGACAACAUCUGCGCUUAUGCUAGCAGUGACGAGUCCUACGUGAUUGGCUUUGUGGUGCCUAAUCAGAAGCAAUUAACUGGCCUUGCAACUCAGAGGGGCAUCAGAGGAUCAUGGGAAGAGAUCUGUAACCAUGCAGAGAUGGAGAAGGAGGUUCUGCGCAUCAUCACAGAAGCAGCUAUAACAGGUAAACUGGAGCGUUUUGAGAUCCCAAAGAAAAUCCGUCUGAGUUCUGAACCCUGGACGCCCGAGACAGGCCUGGUUACCGACGCCUUUAAACUCAAACGCAAGGAACUGAAAACGCACUAUCAGGACGAUAUCGAGAGGAUGUAUGGUGGCAAAUGAAUGCCAGCAGGGUGAUUUAGGGGGAGGGAAGGGGUUUUAGGACACACCAUUCCACAAUGCCUAUAUAUACGAAAGCAACCCACAAUCCUCUGCCUUCAUGCUCCCUGGGUUAUUAAAAUAUGGUUUGACUUAAAAAAAAAAAAUAAUAAAUAAAUAAUAAUAAUAAAUAAAUGCAGGGGGAAUGGUGCAAGAGCAUACACCACCUGCUGGAGCAGGUACUGAAUAACAAAAAUGGACUACUCGAUUGUCAUUUAUGAAGAUGACCUACAAGAAUGACUCCUGGAAGACAUACAAAACAGCUACAGACUGUGAGACUUUUGGACCCACUCCUCUUCCUUCUCUUUCAUUGGUUCUUUUUGAUAAACACACACCCAGCCCCGCCCUCACAUUAUACUGCAGGCAGAUAUGAGCUUGAUCACUCCUCCCUACUGCAAAGUGGUCACAAUGAAUUUUCAUCCAGUUCUAUGCAGGGAAAUGUUUUAUAUUUUGUUGAAAUGUUUUUUUCUUUCAUUCUUUUUUGGCUUUGUUCAUUUGUUCAGGCUUUCUUUUUUUUUUUUCCUUUUUUUUUUUAACAGCGUUGGGAACAGUGCAGAAUUUAAAUGUGUUUUGAAUGCUUCUCUUUAUUGUAUUUUUUCCAAUACUACUUUUUCAUGAAAUGGAACUUUGAUCAUUUGUAUUUGUAUUUUGUUACUUUAAACCUCAUCUUUUUGUUUACCUGUAUCCAAAAGUAGUUAUUGUUGCCCUGUGUAGAAUUGUAGAAUUUAAUAGUCACAGUGAAUGGUGUAGUUCAGGUGCUUAUGCAUAUUGAGGACAGUGUACCUAGAAAAGGUGCAGAAAAUUCUAAUAAUCCAGACCUGAAGAAAGCAGUAUUAACCCAGAGAGUUGUUCUAAUGCUACAAAGAGCUGUCCAAAUGUUGCAGAGAGCAGUCUUCUUAACCAAAAAAUGCUGUUUUAAUGAUGCGAAGAGCAGUGUGAUGCUGCAGAGAGCAGCCUUAGCCCUUAUAUAGCAUCAGAACAGCUCUCUGGGUUAAUACUGCUUUUUUUUUUUUAAACCGAGAGAACUGUUCUAAUGCUUUGAAGAGCUGUUCUAUGGCAGCAAAGCACAAUCUAAUCAGUUCUGAUGCUGCAGAGAUGUUCUCAGAGUGCAGUCUUGGCUCUUCAUAGCAUUAGAACAGCUAUUUGGGUUGUUUUAUGACAGCAAAGAGCAAUGUAAUGCUGCAAGGAGCAGUUCUGAUGCUGCAAGAAGCUGUUCUGGUGCUGCUGGGAGCAGUCUUAACCCAGAGCACUAUUCUAAUGCUAUGAAGAGCUUUUCUGUGACGGCAAAGAACAAUCUAAUGCUGUAGAGAGCAGUUCUGAUGCUGCAAGGAGCUGUUCUGAUGCUUCAGAGCACAGUCUUAAUCCAGAGAGCUGUUCUAAUGCUGCAGAGAGCUGUUCUGAUGCUAUGAAGAGCUGUUCUGUAACAGCAAAGUGCAAUCUAAUCUGUAGAGAGCAGUUGUGAUGCUGCAAGGAGCUGUUCUGAUGCUGCAGAGAUGUUCUAUUGUUGCAGAGUGCAGUCUUAGCUCUUCAUAGCAUUAGAACAUCUAUCUGGGUUGUUUUAUGAGAGGGAAGAACAAUCUAAUGCUGUAAAGAGCCGUUCUGAUGCUGCAAGAAGCUGUUCUGAUGCUGCAGAGAGCAGUCUUAUCCCAGAGCACUAUUCUAAUGCUAUAAAAAGCUUUUCUGUGAUGGCAAAAAAUCAAUCUAAUGCUUUAGAGAGCUGUUCAGAUGCUUCAGAACGCAAUCUUAAUCUAGAGAGCUGUUCUAAUGCUGCAAAGAGGUUUUCUGAUUCUCCAGAGCGCAGUCUUAACCAGAGAGCAGUUCGGAUGCUGCAGAGAGCAGUUUUGAUGCUGCAGAGAGCUGUUCUAAUGCUACAAAGAGCUGUUCUGUGAGAGCGAAGAGCAAUAUAAUGCUGUAGAGAGCAGUUCUGAUGCUCCAGAGCACAGACUUAAGCAGAGAGCUGUUCUGUUGCUACAGAAAGCUAUUUUAAUACUGUGAAGAGCUGUUCUGAUAAUGCAGAGAGCUGUUCUAAUGCUAUGAAGCUCUGUUCUGUGACAGCAAAGAGAAAUUGAAUGCUGUUGAGAGCAGUUGUGAUGCUGCAGUGAGCUGUUCUGAUGCUCCAGAGCACAGUCUUAACCCAAAGAGCUGUUCUGCUGCAUAGGUCUGUUUAAUGCUACGAAGGGUUGUUCUAAUGCUGUAGAGAUCUGUUCUAUGACAGCGAAGAGCAAUUUAAUUCUAAAGAGAGCAGUUCUGAUGCUGCAAGGAGCUGUGCUGAUAGAUUGGAACAGCUUUCCGCAGCAUUAGAAAUCAGGGCAACUUUAACAGUUUAACUUCACACUACCCUUCACAGACACUAUCCAAAUUAUUUUAGUGAGUUGGUGUCCACCCACAUGUAUGGGCCCUUUGUGUGUGUGCACUUUGCAUUAACAGACCUCUUAACAACUUGCAUCUGGGAAAAAAGCUUGAGAUUUAUUUCUCACACCUCUAUGUUCUCCCAUAUUCCUUAACUCAUCACUACAGGGUCAACCAGAUCAUAAAAGAAAUAUAACCAUACAUACAGUGUACAUUUCUUUGAACUCCAUUUGUUUGAAUUUGUAAAGCCUUUAAACUUAAUCCUUUAAUAUAUCAUGUGAUCUUAUAAUGUCAGCCAUUGUUUUGCAUGGAUGUUUUGCAAGGGAACCAAGUGUGAUCAAAUUUAGAGAAACUCGAGAUGCAGUGCAGUAGUUUGGGUACCAUUUUUGUGUUCCUAAAUAGCCAUUAUAUUAUUUUUAAUAAGCGUUGUAUUGUGAUAUUGUCAUUGUAGAAAACAAUUAGUGACAUCAACAAAGGAAAAGUAUGAACUGAAUGUGCAAUAUAAUUAUGUAUUCUGAAAUAUGUAAACUGAAACGCACAGUCCCGCCCAAAGAGCAUGAAUGUCUCCAAACUCUUCCCUGUAACAGAAGGGGCACAAUUAUUCUGCUUUAGACUGUGCAGAUUGCUCAUUACUUAUACAAUUGUAGAUUUGACAACAGAUUAUGAUUCGAAUUUGAUUCAGGAUUGAUAUUGAAUGGCAAACAUUGAUAGAUGUGCCGUUUUGCAGAUAUGGGGCAAAUGUCUUCUAAAUCUAUACAUUUAUUAUUAUUUAUGUGGAGAUGUACUGUAAUUGUUGAUUUGCAACACAACAUUUUCAAUGCAAAUAGUUUAAAAUAUUUGGAUUUGUUUUUUAUGUUCUCUUGAUUCCCUUAGAAACUGUUAGAAACACUCCAGCUGAUGAUAUGAAGCUCUUUACCGAAUUUUUUUUUUAAUUAUUAUUAUUAUUAUUAAAUAUAUAUAUAGGUUUUCCUAAAAAGAACAAAGGAAAAUGGUUUUCCAAAAUUAGAUAGCUCUGCCUUUGCUCGAUGGAGGAUUUUGAUUGCCUUUUUUUUUAUUUAUUUUUUUUUUUUUUUACACAGUGGAAGUUAAAUGUGGUUUAUAGGGAUUUAUACUUAUGAAAAUGUAUUUCUGUCUCAAAAUCAGGGAGUGAAUCAUCCCCGUCUCAUAGCUGCUGUAUACUCUGCUAGCACUCUGCUUUGUGCUCAAGUUAGUCCUGCAGUGUAAUUGGUUCCAGCUACAAGCAGCUUGCCAAUCAGAGAGAGCUCCACCUUAUUUCUACUGACUUUGGGAGAAUUGUAAUUUGAUUGCUGUAUCGGCCUGUCAGUCCAUGGCAUUUGCAUCAACAAUAUUAUUCUGAAAUAUAUAACUUGGAACGGUAGUGCUUUUAGCUUCAGGAUUUAAGAGCUGUUCAGCUAGUAACUUUUUACUUUAGGUCAUUGGACCAUCAAAGGAUGAUUUUGAUCAGUUCGUAAUAACAACUGACUGACUCUGUUUGAUUUGGUGGAGUAAUUCUCUCUCCUUGUAUUACCCACUGUAAAUAUGACAGUUGCAAUUAGCAGAUGUGCAAAUGUAAAACUUCCUAUAAAUGUGUUAAAUCUUUGUUACUGAGCAGGUUUGGGAUCUUUUCUCCUUUGUGUGGGUGAAGUUACUGUCUUAUGAGAGGUCAUAACAAGCAACUCCUUUAUUUAUUUGUAAUUUGGCCUUGAAACCAUGACAUAAGGAAUAAAGUUUUGUCUUCUGCGGGUAUCAUUA